AUGGCAGAGGUGAUCAAAUACGCGUCAGGGGUGGAGCCCCAGGCUAUCUUGGGCAAGUUACAAUACUCCAAUGGAGUUACGCAAAAUAUGUUUUCUCCAUGUGAGAGACUAAAGGAGAAAAAAUGUUUACUUGGGCCGACCCUUUUGAAGGGUGUUACAAUCCCUAAAUUAUGGGAAUCAUUGUUUACAAAUAAGUCUGACUUUCUGAAACGAUACCAUGAUCGGCGGAAAGAAACCGAUUUGGAAGUGGGAAAAUGGGAAUACUCAAGUGACAUGAGUAGUGGAUAUCGUGCGGUAUCUCUUACAAUUACUAUAGAUAUACCCAAGGCUGGAACCUUAACACAACUAAACGAGGCCCAUAGAUUUGCGUACACAAAAUCAGCCAGUGGUCCUCUACAGUUAAUGUACCAGAUUUCAUCUCAGACUCCUGCUGUCCCUGCGGGUCAAUCUUUUCGAACAGAGGCUUUCCUGGCAUUUACAGCUGAUUCUGAAGAUGGAGACUGCACCGUCUGUGUGCGUGGUGGAUGUAAGAAGUUAAGUAUGGCAUUUUCAGCUAUUCAGUAUAUCGCUGUCCCUAGAGCUCUUCGUGAGAUGACGCAAGCCUACCGAGUAAUGCUCGAAAUGAUUGCAGAGGAGUUAGCAGAGAAUAAGCUGAGUGUUACUACAGGGGAUGAUGAUACCUCUGGUGUUCCACAAAAAGAUGAUAGUCCAGCUUUUAAUGCUGGUGGAGAUGAUGGAGGUAGCGGUCAAGAACCAAGUAUGUUAUUCCAGGGCUUGCUAUUACUGUUUGCUGCUAUCGUAACAUUAUCUCUACUAUGGUCUAUAUCAACUUUACGAGGUACGGCCAGAGUUGCUUCAGUAAUGAGGGACCGACUCUAUGACGAACAAACAUUUUCAACACAGCAGCGAAGUUCCCUCAGUGGAACCCUUAACAUGGACCAAUCUACUGGAGGAAGUAGUUCACGAACCCCGCUAACACAAGAUCAAGCACUUCGGCACGCCGCUAGAGAUGCACAAAUACAAUCUCUUAGAUACCGAUGGAUGGAACAAAGGGUUGCUAUUGGUACUCUAGAAUCGACUGUACAACGACUAUGGUGGAUGAGCAUGAUGCAGUUAUUAUUUGUGUUUCUAUUGACAGUAAAAGUUUUCUUUUACGCCCAGAAAUAG